AUGAAUUCAACUACUAUAACAGCUUCUUCACAUUCAACACUGGUUAUAACAAAUGAACCUAAUACAAGUGAUUGGACUUCAGCUAUUGUUGAACACGAACGACUUGUAGUAGGUCCCGAUGGUAACCAGAUCUUGUGCGAUUCACCCACUCCUUCUUCUGAAUUACCUCCCUAUACUGAAAGUAGCAAUUCAAAAGAAAAAAAACAUUUUACAUCAGUCAAACCGAGAAGAGUUAUUGGAAAUUAUACACUGAUCAAUACAUUAGGCUCAGGUUCUAUGGGUAAAGUUCGUUUAGCUGUUCACAACUUAACUGGAGACAAACUUGCUGUGAAGAUUGUACGAAGACGACAACGAAAGGAUGCUAAAGAUGAAAAUCGAGAAAUACGAACAAUCAGAGAAGCUAGUAUCAUGUUAUUAUUACAUCAUCCUUAUAUUGUUAGCCUUAAAGAAAUGGUCAUCUUGGAUCCAUAUUAUUAUUUAUUUAUGGAGUAUGUCAAUGGUGGUCAGUUAUUGGAUUACAUUAUCUCUCAUGGUAAACUUAAAGAAAAGCAAGCUAGACGAUUUGGACGUCAAAUUCUAAGCGCUUUAGAUUAUUGUCAUAGAAACUCAAUCGUACAUAGAGACUUGAAAAUUGAAAAUAUUUUAAUAUCUCAAACUGGAAACAUUAAAAUUAUUGAUUUUGGCCUUUCUAAUUUAUUUUCGCCUCAAUCAUCGUUAAAUACCUUUUGUGGCUCAUUAUAUUUUGCUGCUCCCGAAUUAUUAAAUGCGAAAGCUUAUACAGGCCCCGAAGUAGAUGUUUGGAGUUUUGGUGUUGUAUUAUAUGUACUUGUAUGUGGGAAAGUACCAUUUGAUGAUCAAAAUAUGCCAGCAUUACAUGCAAAGAUUAAACGUGGUGUGGUUGAAUAUCCUUCUUAUCUAAGUACAGAAUGUAAAAGUAUCUUAUCAAGAAUGUUAGUUAUCAAUCCUGCUCAUAGGGCAACUAUCUCUGAACUAAUGAUUCAUCCAUGGAUAACAAAAGGGAAUGAUCAUCCUAUUAACAAUUAUUUGCCUGAGCGAAUACCUCUUACAUUACCCAUUGAUAUGGAGGUCGUACGUGGUAUGACAGGUUUUGAAUUUGGAACAGAAGAUGAAAUUAAACGGAAACUAGAAGAAAUCAUCAUAUCUGAUGAAUAUCAAAAGGCAGCAAAGCAACUUAUGGAAAGAACAGCUGAAGCACAUCGAAGUCAUCGUCAUGGUCAUCUUGCUUCUAGAUUUAAUAAAAAGUCAUUUACCUUGGCAAAUGAUGAUCCACAAUCUAUUCCUGCUGCAUAUCAUCCAUUAGUGUCUAUUUAUUAUCUUGUUAAAGAACGUAUUGAACGUGAAAAGCAGGAUGCAAAGCAUGAAGAAAAAAUCCAAAAAGAUAAAUUGGAUCAACAACACUCAUAUGAGUCUACAAUAGCAUCAAGUAAAGGUUCAUUACGUAUUCCAGAUAUAUCGUUACCCGAGACUGUUCAUCCAACCAAUAAUAAUAAUAACACUACCUUUGAACAAUCCUUAUUUGGUGACUCAACCAUGUUUACAACUCAAAAUAAUGCAGAGGGUGUAGCCUAUGGUAAAAAGGGGAAAACUCAUAUUCGUGUAGAUGGAGAAGGUCAUGUUGACAGGUUUCAUAUCUUUGAAAAUGGUUUCAGUCGAUUUUUGUCAAACAGUCGUCGUCGCUCUGUUCAAUCCUCUGAUGAUGACGAAUGUCGAGUUAAUGAUUCAAGUAAACACGUUCUGCGAAGAUUAAGUCAUGCAUUAUCACGUACAUCGUCUAAUGAACCAACAUCACAUAGAAAGUCAAACUCGUCUGAACCUCCAGCUCCAUCUACUUCAACUCCUGUACCAAUUCCUUCAUCACAACGAAAUAAUAAUAAACCUAUGCAAUUAUCGAAAUCUUAUGCUGCCGCUGAGACUUCAGCAAGAUAUCCAAACCAUAAUGAUCAUUUAAAACAGUCAACUGAGUUAGAAGUAGCAAAGUCUACAACGUUAGGAAAUAGAAUCAGUCGUAUGAUGCCACGGAGAAUGACAGUAGGUCAAAACUUUGACAAUAAUAUAGAAAACCAUACAAAAUUCUUAAAUAUGGUACAACAUAAUGAAACCACUUUCCCCAUAUCUGGAAUACAACAGAAGGGAACUGCAGAUGAAAAUAUUAAACCUGUCUUCCUCAAGGGCCUCUUUUCAGUCACAACAACAUCUACAAAGCACCCAUCUGUCAUUCGAGCCGAUUUAAUUAGAGUCUUAGAACGUAUUGGAGUGAAAUGGCGUGAAAGUAAAGGACGAUUUGAGUGUGUUCAUAUGCCUAGUAUUGAUUUAAAUAGAGUGGUUGAAAAUUCUCAGCAUGAAUAUGAUCUGGUUCACGUUGAUAGCGGUGUACACCAAUUCUCAUCCUCUGAAGAACAAAUCUCAAUUCCCCCUCCUCCUCCUCCUCCUCCUCCUAGUGUUUCUUUACCUGAUUUAGUUGUUCGUUUCGAGAUUUAUAUCGUUAAGGUGCCUUGGUUAUUAGGUAUGCAUGGCUUACAGUUUAGAAGAGUAGGUGGGGACCCUUGGCAAUACAAGAAUAUGUGUAGUAAGAUAUUAGCCGAACUUAAAUUGUAA